AUGGCGCAGGCGGGAUCAUACAACAACCCCUUGAAGAAAUUCAAGCUGGUCUUCUUGGGAGAACAAAGCGUUGGCAAGACGUCUCUGAUCACUCGAUUCAUGUACGACUCCUUCGAUAAUAUGUAUCAAGCAACAAUUGGUAUCGACUUUCUCUCAAAGACCAUGUAUCUCGAAGACCGGACGGUACGACUACAGCUGUGGGAUACCGCAGGCCAAGAGCGAUUCCGAAGUCUGAUCCCUUCAUACAUCCGUGACUCAAGCGUUGCCGUCGUGGUUUACGACAUCUCUAACGCAAAGUCAUUCCAAAACACCAAGAAAUGGAUCGACGAUGUCCGGGCCGAGAGAGGAAACGAUGUGAUUAUUGUGCUGGUUGGAAACAAGACGGAUCUGAAUGACAAGCGAGAGGUCACAACUCAACAAGGAGAGGAGGAGGCCAAGAGGCAAGGCUUAAGCCUCAGCAAGAAGGCUGCUCAUGCUAAAGCAAAGAUGUCAAGAAUUUAUGAUGGAACUCUCUUUGGCUUCAUCAGCCUCCAGACCGGUACCGAGCUGAUUUCUUUGGCGCUGGUCUUCAACAAGGUCACCGGCGUCUAUGGCCUUCUUGCUAUUCUUACUGGAUUUCAACUCUCGCUGUUUCAACUUACGACUUACAUCUACUGCAUCGGAAUCCUCGGCACCCUCGUCUACCUGAUCCCACAUAUACGAAAACAGACUGCGUUCGAGUGCCUGGCCUUGGCGUGGUUGUAUGUGAUUGAUACUGCUAUCAACUGUGCCUCUACAUUUGCUUUUGGAAUGGACUGGUACUUUGCCAACGCUGCGUUAGCGACCGGGUCUGGAGUCAAGCCUUCAAGCCUACCCGAUAUUGUUGCCGAAGGGAUGGAGGGUCUUCGUCGUGAAACCGCGAUGCACGGGGAUGCUGUGCCCCAGGAGACGGCGGCCAGCAUGAUUCUCAUCACUGGAUUGACUUUGAUCCGAGUAUACUUUAGCCUGGUCGUCAUGAACUAUGCGCGACAGGUGCUGCAAAAGUAUAUGCAGCUGAUGAUCCUCGAGGGACCCGGCGUCGACGACCAUGUGGGACCUUUUGCGACCGACCUGCCUGACGGCGAAGGCCGGAGGGGUCAGCUUGGCCGAACGAUGGUGUCUUUUGGACGCAACUACUGGAUGGACUAUUCCGAGGCGGGAGAGUGGACUGUCGGAGGUUCCAGCCGGAAGCCUAGCUCAACCGGUACUCUGGCCGGCGAAGUAUAA